AUGGCUACCCCAAUCGAGAGCCACCCUCGGGCAAGCCUUCACCCACUAUGGACACCUUCAUAUAACCAAGGAGGAUUCCCUCGUUCCUCGACUUCAAGCAGACCUACUGCUCCUAGCUCGUACUACAGCCCAUCCGAUCGUUCACCCAAAAGCCUGCCCACUCCGGUAUUUCCUUCCAACGAUGGCUCAAUGAGACAGCAUGAGCGCGCCAUGGUCGACCGCCUCGGCUCCAGACUCCGACAAGCUCCAGGCUCCGGUGACCUUAGCCCGCCCAAGUCAGUAAACCGGCCGAGUCCGCUUUCUCCUCUCGCAGAGCACUCAGCAAGUGACGGUAGACGUUAUUCGGCUGCGCCUGUAAGCCCUCGCCGGCCAGGUCCGCCGCCAUCAGCAACUCCGGUCUCACCACCUAUGGCUAGCAGUGUUCGAAGGCAGACUCUCGCAGCGGAAACUCGAUCGAUGCUUCUCGCCGGUCUGGGCGAAGAGGCACAACGACGACAGUCUGUAGCAGGACCCGGGUACGUCGCCAGGUCCAGGGAGGCUGAGAAGCGCGUUCAACUUGAGCAGCUACGAGCAUGGGGUCAUGUGUAUCUUGGUGAUGCCAAAACCUCCGACGUCUUCGUUCAAGCUAUGUCUCUUAAUCGUCGAAGCUCCAAUGCGAGCACCAACUCGGAUCAAUCUGCUGGAGGUUCUUCGCCUCCACGAAUGCCAUCCACGCCGACUCUCCCACCUCACCAGCGUCAAAUGAAGUUUCGAGUUCGUCCUCGAGCUCUGGAACGCAAACCGAUGCUCAUCACUCACACUUUCGACAUUGAGCAGUUACGCUCCACCAUCGCGGACCCGUUGCCAAGUCCUGUUCCCGCGGAUCAAAGACGGCGGCCAUCUCUGCAUACUCAGGCCACUUCACCGCUGCCAAAGGUCUCAUCUCCUAGACCGAGCGCGGCACGAAGACGGUCGAGCAGUGCAAUCCACAGCACGCUCCCUUACAGCCGCGGGCUAAAAUCUGGAGAUCCCCGCGCGGCUUCAUCGCGUGGCGCCGACACUAUACCAAUCCCCUCCAAGGCCGGCUCACUCCUACCCGAAUACAAGGCAGGGAAAUCAAGGCUAACACCCAACCCACCCACAGAUCUCCAAUACGCCAGGUCCUCACUCCCGGUGUUGGCGGCUAUCAUCGUCUCUGGUACAGUCCAGGCUGGCGACGUUGUCGAGUUGCCAUUACCGUAUCCCGAAGUGUGGUCCCAAACAGUCACCUAUGUCUACACGGGACAAGGGGACUUGACGGAUGCAGUCAAAGAGAACAUCCUCUACCUUGCAGGAAAGGUUUAA